CUCUACAGGCCUGUCCUUGGCCGACAAUAACGCAUUGAUCAGCUGUGCUGCAAUUACAGCUGCGCAAAGCAGGAGAAAUACAUUCAUCUCGACUACGAGGCUGCAUCUGCGAAAAUGUCUCUUCAGGCGGACUUUGAGAAGUUGGCAGAGGAUGUGAAGAAGGUGAAGACGAGGCCCACGGACAAGGAGCUGCUGGACCUCUAUGGGCUUUACAAGCAGGCGCUUGUUGGAGACAUUAACAUCGAUCGAAAGGGAAUGAUGGACUUAAAAGGAAAAGCCAAGUGGGACGCCUGGGACUCCAGGAAAGGAAUGUCCAAGGACGAUGCCAUGUCAGCCUACAUCACCCUUGCAAAGGAAAUCAUCAGCAAAUACGGGAUGUAAGACUUGCAAUAAACUGGCAGAAUGAGGCAGAAUUAAUGCAAUAAACAAAGGACUACUAACUCCAUUACUAAAACAAUGCUGCUCCCUAUGUAAAAAAUAGCCUUCUGCUUUCAGAGGCCAUAAUUAUGCAGGACAAAAAGUUUUAGAGUAGAUUUUCUUUUUUUUUUAAAAUUUGCUGUGAUUUCUUUCUCCUUGGUAUGUCUUUUUUUUUACAUAGAUUACUCCCAUUAAUUCAUACCACUGAUAAACUUCUAUGCAUCCUCUAAGGGUAAAAAUAUUAAACUUGCUAAUUGCUAUUUUAUCUAAUUUAUGUAGUUUACACGUGUAAUCCACAUGUGUACAGCAAUAUACUGUAUACUUGUGCACUUUCGUAUGUUACUUGAAGUUUAAUCAGAACAGGACAAACUAAAUGCCUUCAAAUGUGAACAUAAUUACUGCACAGUUUGAAAAUAAAACCUCUUUAUGGACUGUU